AUGUCAACCUGGAACAAGCACUACCACUGGAAGACUAAGGGCUGCACACCUUGGGCCAAGAACCACAUCACCGAGGCAACCGUGGGCAAGUCGGUGAGUGUCGGCAAGAGCGGUCAGGUCAAGGUGGACCGUCUAUCCUCCUUCGAAGGCGACGUUGAGCUCGGAAACCGCAAAGGCAAGCUCAUUACCAUCUACGAUUGCGCCAUUACCUACGCUUGGUCGGGAACAUCGGACGAUGGCACUGAGGCGAGCGGUACCAUCACAUUCCCAGAAGUGAGCCACGAAAUCGAGGACGAAGGCGACGAGUAUCAAUUCGAGACCGAGAUGUCGACAAAGCCGUCAGCAGAAGCCAACCAGCUUUAUGAUGCUGUGCGCAAGGAGCUCGCUCCUUCACUCCGCCUUGUCUUCCACGCCUUCCGCCAGAACCUCAUUGAUGCCCACGCCAAGGACUUGGGCCAUGACAGCCCGGCUUCGACUCCUGGCGCUGCCACACCAACUGCAAGCGUUGCAGCAUCAGCGGGUGCGCCUGCUGCGCCUUCUUCGCAGGCGAAGGCUACCGUAUCAUCAAGCUCGAGCGAUGUACGUGUUUCCAGCGAACUUGCCAUCAGCACAUCAGAUCUGUGGGACCUUCUCACCAACCCAUCACGCAUUCCCAUGUGGACCCGAGCACCAGCGAAAUUUGAGCCGAAAGCGGAUGCCGAAUUUGCGCUCUUUGGCGGAAAUGUAAUUGGCAAGGUGGUGAGCGUCGAUGCCCCCAAGCAGCUCAUCCAGAAGUGGCGAACGCCCCAGUUCCCCGAGGGUUACUACGGUACCCUGGCUAUCAACCUGACCGAAGGCGGCGACUCGACCAAGCUGGAGCUUGUGCUUAGCGGUGCUCCUUCUGGAGACGAGGAGAUUGUGGAGAAGAACCUCGAGACCUACUACAUUCGCGGUCUGAAGUCGAUGGGUCUUGGCACGAUUCUGUGA